AUGACAUCAAUCUAUAUGACAUGCUCGGGCCAGGCACAAACAACAGAGGUGCCUUUGAGCGAAACAAAAAACCCGACAGCCGAGCUACCGAGGCUCGGCCGUUCGGUCACUCGCCCGUUGAGCCGCGCGCACUUUUCUCGGCCGAGGCACGUCCGCACAGACCGAGAAGCUUCGCGCGGCAAAUGCUUCACGGUGCUGCUCGCUCUGGGUGUUGAUGUGAAAUAA